AGAGAACAGUGAGAGAGAAAGCUGUCGUAGUGCGCACCGGAGAACAGUGGCUGACAAAGGGAUAUGGAGAUAACUCACAUAUCACAAAACUGAACAAGCGAUGAGAAACAAAAGUAUCUGAUUUUACUUGGUCGUGAAGUGCAUAUUUGAGUCGCAUCUGUACACACGGAUCCUGAAAAAAAUAAAGAGUUAUUGAAGUGUAUUAAAGCAAUGUGAUUUUUGUCGUGUGUUUUUUGGAAAUUUUUUUUGGCAAGUGAAAAGAGGUGGUGGAAGCGUCGCUUCAUUCAUUUGAGAACAGCAGCGUCGGAUCAGGUGCUCCCGAGUGAUAAAAGCUGAUCGAAAAGUUUCAAAAUCCUCGAAUAGUAUUGAUAAGUAUCCAAGUCCCACAUGUGAGCAGUGAUCACGUGUUGUUAUAUUAGUUAGUAAUUGAUCAAGUGUUGCAUUACUCAUCUUUUGUUGAUCAAGUGUCAUAAUCUAGAUGAUUGUAAAGUGCAGCGAGGUGUGGGAACCUCAGUGAAGUGUUACCUGGAGGGUGAUAAUAGCAGUGCCUUGGAGGAAGAUCUAUUAGUUAUAACUGUGAGCCGGUAACAGACUACAGGUACUGUGCCCCGAGACAGGUGUUGUGGUCGGGAAGGGCGCAGACGACUUGCGAGGAGUGAGCCAAGUCUAAGGAAGUAAGGAAACCAGGAAGAAGCGAUUCGGAAGGAGGCCGAGCAGUUCCUCCUACUCUUCAGCCUCCUGAGUGAUGCGCCCUCCUGCUCGACUACAGUAAUUCAGCAAGCACACCACUGGAGCAAAAGUUUUUGCUCCCUGGAGAGCAAAAACUAAACUUUCUUCUUAUAUUUUUCCAACUUGUGGCUCUCUUUUUCUUUCUGUUCUUAUUCGUCUCGCUCCACUCAGUCCGGAGAUCCUGGGAUUAGCAGCACGUCUUGUAAUGCUUCUCUUCCCGCCACACCUCUGACAUGAGCAGAUGACGUGACGGCCGACCUGCUCACACCUCAAGGUGUUCCAUUCUUCUGGAUGUUCUCAGCAUCUUUUCUCUCAAGUAUUUGUCGUUCUCUGUCCUCGAUCCUCCUCGAGAAGUCGUCUCUGUCUUACUCUUGGUUUUCUUAUAUAAAGAAUUUUUAGGUAUUUUUCCCCUUUUUUUAAGGUUAUCAAUGUUUAGGUUAAACGUCAUUCGACGUUUUUGGGUUAAUUUGAACUUUAAAAGAGAAUUUAUUCCCUCUCCUUUCCUGGUCAGGUAUUGUAUCCACUGACGCUUGCACGGAAUUUUCAUAUUUAUGUUUCUUUUAUAUAUAUUUGCAACUCUAGUCAGAAAAAGUGGGUUUAUUAUAAUUUGUGGGAGAGAGAGUGAGCUCCUGCAAUGUCCUUUCUUCACUUCUACGUUUUAAUCAGACAUUUAUAAAGCAUGUCAAAGGACAUUUCUAUAAAAGAAUCAUCACUGUUGCCUGUCCUUUGUUUAUUAUGAAGAAUAGACUCGCUUCUCGGGUUAUGCCAGGCGAAGGCUAGCAUACGAGCCCACUCUGAACACCGUCCUGCCUCUCUCGCGAACACAAUACACAUUUCACCCUCAGCCUUACUGUCAUACACUCGUGUUUUACUUCAGUAUUCGGGUCAAUAUUCUGCUAGGUGUUUUACGUGUCUUCUCUCAUCUACAGGAACUUCUAUUCUCUUUCAAACGUUUUGUGUGUCUCUCAUCAGUCUUGUAUCUGUAUAUUUCUCACUCCUUUUUUUGCUUUCUCAAUUUGUAUAUACUUGUACGUCUAACUAUAGACUUAUCCAUCUGUUUCUCUACCUUGUUAUCUGUAUGUAUAUAUUUGUUCAUAUAUCUGUCUAUUAACGGGAUAUUUUCCUUUGUCUUUCUCUAUCAAUUUAUAUACUUUUCUGUUUUUAUAUCUGUUUUCCUAUUUAUCUAUCACCUCAAUUGUUUAUCUUUUGUUUUAAAUUGGGUUGAUUCUUCUCUCUCUUGAUCCCUGGCUUUCUAUAUUUUUUUCCUCUCUGUCUCCCUCUCUUCUCUUGGCUGACACUGAGAGUCGAGCAGGAGCCGCCGCUCUCCACGGGGUUCGACACCAUGGCCCUCAAGUUCCACGUUCGACACUUCAGCAGAGUACAGCAACGUGGAGACAAGGUCGCCAAAGUCACGUUCAGAGGAGUGUCGCAGUUCACACAAGUGGCCGAGGACUGUGGGGAGGAUGCCAUCUUCGACGAGGUGUUGGAGUGGCCGGUGGGCCGGUGCGUGGAGCCUGGAGAGGAAGUGCAGGUGCAGCUGCAGGUGUUCAAUAAGUACUUCAGCAACAGGAGUGUGGCCACCUACUCCCUCGUCCUUCAGCGGCUGGUGGGCGAGGGAACCUUAGUAGUCACGGACCACAUGACUGACGCCAACAACAAGCUUGUCCAGACUCUCAUCUCCUUCGAGGCGCGCUAUAUACCUCCGCCCGGAGGAGGAGGAGGAGGAGAAGGAAGAGGCACAGCAGGCAGAGGAGAAGAAGGAGGAGGAGGAAGUUUCUGGGAAGGCUAUGGAGGAGGGAGUGUGGAGCAGGAGGGAGGCUACGAGAGCGGCGGGGAGGAUGACAAGCAGAUGCUCCUCGACGUGGAGCAGAACAUAGCCAACUUGGAGAGAAACAUCUGCCUGCACGACCGCUCGGCAGCCAUCGCCGCCGCCGCUACCAUGGCCAGAGGCGCCGCCCGCAGGAGCAAGGAGGUGUCCCCGGAGGUACAGAAGAAGAGUCGAGGCUUCGUCGGGAUGAAGGCGGUCCGGUCACUGGUUCGUCUUGGUCGGCAGAGGUCACGGGGCGGAGGAAGCGGGGACGAGGAGGAGAAGAUGCUGAAGGAAGUUGACCCUGUCCAGGCCGCCCGUGACACCAGUCGACCGCCCUCCGCCUGUUCCACCCUUUCAGACAACGAGUCCACCUGCUCGGUCUCCACCCACGUGCGCGCCAAGAGACACAAAUCUGAGACAGUGAACUCGACUCCAGUUGAACUGAAGGCCCAAGAUUUUCAGGUGUGUAUCACGAUCAUCGAGGCGCGGCAGCUGGCGGGACUCAACAUGGACCCCGUGGUGUGUGUGCAGGUGGGAGAUCAGAAGAAGUAUACUUCGGUAAAGGAGUCUACCAACUGUCCCUACUACAAUGAGAAGUAUCAGGCAGCUAUUCCAGUCAUAUAUAUUUUGAAGAGCACCCAAGUCAAAGCAUAUGCUCAAGGGACGCGUUUGACUGUUCGAGUGCUAUCAGAGAUCUGCACCAACAUUAAUGUUUAUGCAACUAUUUACGAAACCUGUACAUCUUCCCCAUAA